AGGUUUAGAGGGGUGGGGGAUGGGAGAGUGUUGGGUAGAGGGAUGGGUGUUGAACUUCAGCACUCUAGGGUCUCUUCUGGCUUGGAACAUUCCAGAAUCUUUUUGCUAGAUUAGCCAGCACUGUGCUCAAGUUUGUUAAGCUUAUUGUGAUCAUAUCGUCAUCAAAUCUGGCUCAUUGUUUAAAAUUACUCAAAUAUGUACACCGUGGCUAAUAAAAUGGGACUUCAAAAGCUAAAGACCCCUUUCAAAGGAUUUCAACAUUACAAGGCUAAACAGUACUAGAGGUGGAGCCCAUUAAGGAUGGCAAUAAAUAUUAGUAGCAACAAUGCCAGAUCAUAAUGACCCACUUAUCUUAGUAUUUUGUUUAAAGAAAGUUGAAAUCUAGCUUUCUUUCAGGUUUUUUUUUUUUUAAAGAUGCGUUUGAAUUAUGGUAAAAGAUCCUCUUUAUUACAUUGUAUCUACUGACCUAACCUGUUUAUUUCCCCUCCACAUGCCCAUGAGUAGCUAUGCUAUUAGUUUAUCAUCUUAGCCCCUUCUUAUUUCUAAGUUUGAGUAAACUUCCUAAAGACAAAAAUAUACAACCGAAGCUGGAAAGAAAAGACACACUGUAAAACAGUAAGGUUACAGUCACGUACUUUCUGGGGCCACUUCUGGUGAUCCAAUAAACUAGGAAUUCUCAAUGCUUCCCCCUUCACUUUUUAUCAACCUAACAUCCCAAAAUCAACAAAGCCAGUGGGAGCCCCAGGCUAAAAGGUGACUAUCCCUUAAGGACGGAAACCAUACAUUAGAUGCCAGUUGCGGCAGCCUGUUGAGAAAACAGGUCCCAGGAAGCUACUUCCGGGAGGAGGUGGGAGGGGCUGCCCACUUCCGGUCGGAGAGCCUACCGAGGCUCUUGCGCAAGCGCGGCUCGCACUUUCCUGGCUUUCUUUUUCCCCUCCCCCUCCCUCCCGCAAGCCUGAGGGGUCUUGAGGUGACAGCGCCUGCAAGCGCGACUCCAGAAGCAGGACAAGAUGGACAAGAGGAGGCUCGGGCGACGGCGAUUUUCAUCCGAGAUUGUCACAGAAGGAAAACGGAAAAAGUCCUCAUCAGCUGAUUUACAUGAGUUUCAGAUAAGAAAGAUGUUAAAAGUAAAACCAGAGGAUGCUCAUGUUCAUUCACCACUGUCCAAAUUCAGAAGUUCAGAGUGCUGGGAUCUCCCUUUGCAGGGGUGGAAAAGAAGCCUAAGAAAUAAAGUCAUCUCUCUAGACCAUAAAAAUAAAAAAGGUGUCCGUGGGCAUCCUGUCACUUCUAAGUCAUCACCAGAAAGGCAUCUCAAAGUUAUGUUGACGAAUGUUCUAUGGACGGAUUUAGGACGAAAAUUCAGAAAGACCCUACCUAGAAAUGAUGCUAAUUUAUGUGAUGCCAACAAGGUGCAAUCAGACUCAUUGCCUUCGACAUCUGUUGACAGCAUAGAGACAUGUCAAAAAUUAGAACCUCUUCACCAAAGCCUUAAUUUAUCUGAAAGGAUACCCAGAGUUAUAUUGACGAAUGUGCUGGGAACGGAGUUAGGAAGAAAAUACAUAAAGAGCCCACCUGUAACUGAGGCCAGUUUGAGUGGUACAGACAACUUGCAAUCAGAACAGCUUUCUUCAUCAUCCGAUGGCAGCCUAGAAUCUUGUCAAAAUCUAAAUCCUCACAAGAGCUGUUUUUUCUCUGAAAGGGGUUCACAACUAAGUAAGACAGUCGAUAAUGUUUCUGCAAAGCAGGCCACACAUGCUAAAGAACAGCGAAGAGAUGAAGAUAGGAUUUCUCUUGUGAUGUGUGGUACUCGGCCUCAAGACCUUAACAGUGGAAGAAGAGAUUGUGAUUAUCUUGAAGAGGGAAGCAGAAACAAGGAUGUUACAUAUUCUAAUUCAAAAAUGGAACCCACUCUGAUUUCCAGGAAGACAAAGAAGAGGGUUAGAAAUAAUUUACCUGAUUCUCAUAAUUCUACUCCUUGUUUGGAUAAAUCAAUAGAAUGUAUGAAAGAACAAGAAAAUGACUCAACAGUCUACACAGAGUUUGAAAAACUAAGCAAAAACUAUCAUCAGGACCCAACACUGCUUGAAGAAAUUACACCUGAACCUACAGAAAGUGAUAUUGAAUUGUCUCACUUGAUUCAGGAGUUGAAUUUGAGUGCUGCCUCCAGAAGUGCCUCUGCCUAUUCAGUUUCCAAAAAUUUGGGGAGUUCUAUUUCCACUGAUAUGGUGGAGAUUUCUUCCAUGGUUGAGAAGGGUGAAGAUGAGUUGAAUACAGUCGAAAAGCUUCUUCUAAGUGGACACAAUGAAGAAAACCAAUCAUUGAUCUCAGCUGAACCAAUUGUUGUUUCCAGUGAUGAAGAAGGACCCAUUGAACAUAAAAGUUCAGGAAUUCUUAAAUUACAGCCUAAUCAAGACUAUGAGAUUGCUAAUGAAAAUGAGAGUACUUCUGAAUCAGAAGUACCACUGGCUACAUGUGAAUCUGCACAGGUAUCAUCUGAGUUAAGUCCAUAUAAUUCUGUCAUGGAAAACAUUUCCUGUAUUAUACCUAAUAGUGAGCUGGAUCUACAAGUGGAUUUUGUAUUUACUUCUGUGUAUGUUGGUAAAAUAAAAGGAAUUUCUAAAGGUUGUGUUACAUUCACAACAAAGUAUGUUAAAAUUCCAUUUCAAGCGUCCCUGAAUGAGGUUUCAUUGCUAGUGGACACUAGACAUUUAAAGAGGUUUGGGUUAUGGAAAAGUAAAGAUGAGGAUCAUAGUAAAAGGUGUCAUGCUAUCCUUUUCCUCUGGGUUUCUUCAAAUUAUCUUCAGGAGAUUCAGACCCAGUUAGAAAACUCUAUAUUAAGCCAGCCAUCAAAAUCCAGCGAGUUCAUUUUCCUUGAGCUAAACAGUCCUAUUUCACAAAGAGAAGAAUUGAAAUUGAAAGAUAUUAUGAUGGAAAUAAGUGCAACCAAUGGAGAUUUAGAACUUUCUUAUCCAUUGUCUUGGGUCCAGGCAUUUCCUUUGUUUCAGAACCUUUCUUCAAAAGAGAGUUCUUUUAUUCAUUAUUACUGUGCUUCGACUUGUUCAUCCCCUGUUGCUGCUGCUGAGGAAAUGAAGUUGAAAUCAGUCUCUCAGCCCUCAAAUACAGAUGCAGUCAAGCCUACUUAUACUUUUCUGCAGAAGCAAAGUAGUGGUUGCUACUCACUUUCUAUUACAUCAAAUCCAGAUGAAGAAUGGCGAGAAGUCAGGCACACCGGACCUGUUCAGAAGUUGAUUGUAUAUCCUCCACCACCCACUAAGGGAGGGUUAGGAGUAACUAAUGAAGAUCUGGAAUGUUUAGAAGAAGGAGAGUUUCUUAAUGAUGUAAUCAUUGAUUUUUACCUUAAGUAUCUUAUAUUGGAGAAGGCAUCAGAUGAACUUGUUGAACGAAGUCACAUUUUUAGUAGCUUUUUUUAUAAAUGCUUGACAAGAAAGGAAAAUAAUUUAACAGAAGAUAAUCCAGCGCUUUCAAUGGCACAGAGAAGACAUAGAAGAGUAAGAACAUGGACUCGUCACAUAAACAUUUUUAAUAAAGAUUACAUCUUUGUACCAGUAAAUGAGUCGUCUCACUGGUAUCUUGCAGUCAUUUGUUUUCCAUGGUUAGAAGAAGCUGUGUAUGAGGAUUUCCCCCAAACUGUGGCCCAGCAGUUCCAGGCACAGCAAUCUCAAUAUGACAACAAAACAACAGAUAAUGAUCUACAUACUACAACACUCUCCAUGAGUGCAGAAGAUUCCCAAAGUACCGAGAUGAAUAUGUCAGUACCAAAGAAAAUGUGUAAAAGGCCAUGUAUACUCAUACUAGACUCCUUGAAAGCUGCUUCUAUACAAAACACAGUUCAGAAUUUGCGAGAGUAUUUAGAGGUAGAAUGGGAAGUGAAGCGCAAAACUCAUCGUGAAUUCAGCAAAACAAACAUGGUAGACCUAUGUCCUAAGGUUCCUAAACAGGAUAAUAGCAGUGAUUGUGGAGUAUAUUUGCUACAGUAUGUGGAAAGCUUCUUGAAGGACCCUAUUGUUAACUUUGAACUUCCAAUUCAUUUGGAGAAAUGGUUUCCUCGUCAUGUAAUAAAGACCAAACGGGAAGAUAUUCGAGAGCUUAUUUUGAAACUUCAUUUGCAGCAGCAGAAGGGCAGCAGUAGCUAGUUAAUCUGUACAAACAUGACACAUAUGGUCUUCAAGAUUACUGGAAAGCUGCUUACCAGCAUUUGUGCUAGCUCGCAGAGAAGAAAAUAACUUGCAGUAGUUUUAUAAGUCAUUGAACGUUGUUUAAAGUAUAUAAGAUAUAUUACUAGAAUUGUUGGGCUGUCAUAGAUGGAGUUGGAAUGGAGGCUAUAUCGAUUAUCUUAUUAGAUAGAUACUAAAGUUUCAUAAAUAUUUGGUAUUUUUCUGAGUAAAUAUGCUUGGAUUACGCAAUAGCAUAUGUAAUGUGGGAAUGUUUUUGUAAAUAAAUAGACUAAACGAUCUGUACUUCCACCUGACUGGGCGUUGAUGGGAGUUGGUCCUCCCUGGUGCCAGCCCAGCACUUGUCAAGUUAGGUGACAAGCCACAUCAUAUUGUGAUUCUAUUCUUUGCAGCUCAAGCAUGCAGUAUGAAUACUGUGUAUUUUUUUAAAAAAAGAACUUAGUAUCAAGGCUUCAGAAAAUGCCAUUUACGGCAUCCCUUCUGUAUAGCGUAAAAAGACAUAAUAUUAGGAAGAUGAUGAAAACGUACUCUCUCAAAGCGCAGCUUAUUAUUGUCAAUUGCUGAAUGCAAUUACUCUGUUCUAAUUUUUUUCCAUUUCUUUUCAUGUCAUAUGUGGGGAUCUGAGAAUUUAGUUCAUUUGUUCAGGUUAAAAUUUGGAACAAAAAAUUUAGAUGUCCACAAUAAGUUUUAAAAAAUCAUAUAUGUAGCCAAGCUUAGUUUAUUUGAGGUAUAUCUAUAUAAAUAUUCACUUCUACAUUAUCCCAGAAUAUAUGUGCACAGUUUCCUUAAGUAAAAAAGAUGAAAUUGAUGUACUCAUAGCUAUAAUAAAAAUAAUUCCCUCAAAGUUCUAUUUAUUAAUUAUUUAGAACCAAAUACAUAAUUUUAUAGCUCAGUUUACCCAGUAUUCAUCUGCAAAACCAGAUUUCUCUCAUUACUUUUCUAUUUUUAAAUUGUAGUUUUUAGAGACUUAUGAUCCCCUAUGGAUCUUAAACCUAUGGCACUUAAUAUUUUAUUAAAUAUUCAGGUAACAGUUCUACUGAAUUCAUGUGUUCAUGGUUGUAUUACACAUGGUUAAGCAAUUUAGAACCUUCUAAUGUUAUCAGAAAUAUUUUGAAGGAACCAUGAUCAUGUUGUAUUUUCUAUUUUCAAACAUGUUUUGAAUUUCCAUUGUAAUUAUGUGUAACAGUUAAGAAAGGCAAUUUAAGAUGAACCUUAAAAAAUCUGGAUAUUUUAUUUCAAAAUCAUGUGAAUUCAGGUCAGUUAAGGCUCGGUGUCUUUAACUUUUGUUAUUCUUGUCACCAAGAUAUUUCAAGAUAUUUGUCCUUUGGAGAUUUCAUAUAAAGAUGAUUAAAAGUGCAUAUUUCAUUCCCUAUUUGUGUGUGUGUAUGUGUGUGUGUUGAGGGGAGACUUUUUUAGGUGACUUUUAAUUGUUUUGUACAUAUAAUUUUGGGAAAGUAAGUAUAUAAGACAUCUUGUGAUUUCUUGACUUUUUUGGUUUGUACGCUUUUCA